UAUUAAUAACAUAAAUACAAUUUUCUUACUUGAGGUUGGAUUACUUGAGGUUGGAGGCUUUCCAGCCCUAAUUCAGCAUUUCUUCUCGUUUUCAUGAAAGUCAUGGAGGUCUCUGGAUUUUUGGAUUGUAGUCCCACCACAUUUUCUGGGUUAGUUUGUCUUUUUUUUGAAAGUAAGGGUUAGUUUGUCUUAUUCGACAUUUUAUCCCGAAUUUGUUUAGGAAAGCAUAGACAUAACUAUGGCAUCCGUGUAUUGCCAGUCGUAAUUUUGUUUCUGAUUUUUUCCACUAAUAUAUUAAAAUUAAGAACUUGCUUGCUUCUAAUAUUUCUGUUGUGCAUAAAGUUUUUUGAAACGCUCUGCUUGUUUCUAUGGUAUUCGAAGUGUUCCUAUUGAAGUGUCUGUUUCCACAGUAAUAGAUCCCUUCAUUUAGCUAAUCAUCAUUGUUUGGGGGCAAACAAGUGACUCCUGGGAAGUUCAGGGGAAAAGAGUGGGACAAAUGAAAUUAACCGAAAUAGGAGGCUGAUAUGCAUCUUUAGUUUAAUAGUCAUCUGAGUUGCUAAUCUAUAGAAUCUUACAGCCAUGGAUCUCCCAAAACCAAAGAGGAGAAGUAACCGUCUCCUCUUAAAGCAGAACAAAGAAGUAGCUGAAGAUGAGCCCAAGAAUAGAUUUGGUUGUUUGCCGCCAGAAAUCGCCAAGGACAUUCUCUCGAGGCUUCCCAAUGUCAAAUCUAUUUUCCAGUCGAGGUCUGUUUGUCGUUCCUGGGAACUCUGGUCUCAUGAUUCCCAUGUUUUCCGGAUGCACUUCUCUCAGAGGAGUAGUACAUCGUCGAAACUCCUCUAUUUCUAUUCAUCACUUCAAAAUGAACUCCACUUUGUCGAAUUCUCUGAUAUUAAUGAAAAAGGAUUGAUUGCAAGGAAAAUUGAAAAUGCAUUUCGCGAUCUCACACUAAGAUCAUUUUCGGUGCGGAGCUCAUCUAAUGGCAUCAUGUUCUUAAAUGAUUGUUUUAAUUUUAAGCGGAAAUGCUUUUAUGAUCCUUUCACAGGGGACUAUAAACUUGUACCUGAGGUGGACUCUGGAUAUUACCCGUUAUCUUAUUCAUAUUGGGCUGCAUGCCAUCCAGUUACACAAGAGUACAAAGUAUUUGCUAUACGCCCUGUUUUAGGUUUGACUGAAUUUAGGUCAAAAGCCUAUGUAUAUAGUUUGAGUAGAAACGAGUGGACAAGAUUAGGAGAUUUUCCUUUUAAAGUAGAAGAUCGGUCAGGAAAUCAAGGAGUUUUGGUCAAUGGGAGACUCCACUGUGUGACUGUGAAAAACAAAGGGAAAUUGACUCUUCUUCCUAAUAUAACAUCGAUUGACAUCAUGGAUUAUUCUGUCAAGGAGGUUCCCAUGCCCGUGGAGGUUAUAUUUCGAAAUAGUAAAAGAUCUCAACUUGUUGUUUUAGGGGAAUGUUUGUCGGUUGGCGUAAGAAGAGUUGAUUCAAGGGUGCAUAUUUGGGUGAUGAAAACAUACGGAAUGGAAUCAUCUUGGGUAAAGCAGUAUGUUUUUGGGAGCGAAUUUCUUAAGUUUGAUCGCAAUUGGAGGAGCCAUGGGGACGAAAUGUUACGGAUUGUAUGCCUUCUUAACAAUGAGGAAAUCUUGCUAGCUUAUGAUGAACGCGAGCAAGGAACUUUGAUUGCAUACAAUUUUGUUACUAAAGGUUAUAAGACUCUCACUUUUGGGGGAACGCUGCCAACAACGUCAUGUAGUGCAAUAUUUGAUUCAUGCUGCUGGUCAGCUUAAGGAGUAGCAAAGCAUAUUCAAUCUAUUUCCAGCUAUCUAGAUUCAACCAUGGUGAAUUUUCCAAAGUCUAAGAAAUAAGAGCUUUUGCACAAGGGUACUCAAAACAAGAAGGGUAAAGACAGCGUUUUACAUUCUAAGUUGCUCAGGCGGAGCACUUCUUGCGCUUUUACUUUCUCCCUGUUACUUGGAUUUAGGUGUAGCCUACAAUGCCGUUAUGCCUUUUUUGUUUAUGACACUUGUUAUUAUCUCCAUUUCUGAAUUCCUUGAUCUGAAUAUAUGUGUUAUAACUUCCUUAAAUAAUUAUUUAUAUAUGCUCUU